AUGAACUUUUCUCAGACUGGAAUGACUGAAAACAUUCACUAUUGUUAUGAAUCUAUGAACAAGUCAUGUCUGAAACAUGUUUAUUUGAUAACUGUACGUUCUCCACUUUAUCUGAUCUUUGUAGCAGUCAUUUUGUUCACUGUUUGUGGAAACCUGUUUGUCAUCAUUUCCAUUGCUCACUUCAAACAGCUUCACACACCAACCAAUUUUCUUGUUCUCUCAUUAGCAGUUGCUGACCUUCUAUUAGGAGGAUUUAUAAUGCCUCCCAGUAUGGUCCGAUCCCUUGAAACUUGUUGGUACUAUGGAGACUUGUUUUGUAAAAUCCAUUCCAGCACAGAUGUCAUGUUAUCCACUACUUCUAUUUUGCAUCUCUCCUUCAUUUCAAUCGAUCGAUAUUAUGCUGUGUGUGAACCACUAAAAUACAAAACUAAAAUCACUGUUUGUGUUGCACUUUAUAUGGUUAUUAUCAGCUGGGCUGUGUCAGCUGUUAUUGGAUUUGGAAUGAUCUUUCUAGAGUUAAAUAUAAAGGGGAUGGAAGAUACCUACUACAACAGAUUUGAUUGUGUAGGUGGCUGUGUCCUAAUACAGAGUGAAGCAUCAAGCACAAUUUCCUCCACACUUUCUUUUGACAUCCCUGGGUUUAUGAUGGUAGGAAUCUAUUUUAAAAUUUUCCUUGUAGCAAGGAGACAAGCCCGGACAAUUCAAGGAAUAGUAUCCCAGAGUAAGACCUCAGAAGACGGCAAAACAAUGACUUCAAGCAAGACAGAAAGAAAAGCUGCAAAAACUCUGGGAAUAGUAAUGGGGGUCUUUCUCAGCUGCUGGACACCAUUUUUCUUGUGUAAUAUCAUGGAUCCUAUUUUUAAUUAUUCAAUUCCGCCCGUUUUACUUGACACUCUUGUGUGGCUAGGGUACUUAAAUUCUACAUUUAAUCCUCUUGUCUAUGCUUUCUUUUACAACUGGUUCAGAAAAGCUCUUGGUAUGAUUGUGUUUGGGAAAAUAUUUCAAGCAAAUUCUUCAAGAACAAGACUAAUUACAGAUUAAAAAAUUGAUGUUUAAUCCUACGGUAUAUGAAUUAUAUGAUAUACUGUAUGGAAACAAAGGGUAUGAGAAUAUUGUGAUACAAAAACCAAUGAAAAUAAAUGGAA